GUUUGGCACGGGGGAGAGAGCGAGACUGAGCGAGCGCGAGGUGGAUAGGGCACAGAGAGCUGCUUGUCAGAGCUUGACUCUGGUGUGGCUGUGUGCGCAGCUUCGUUCGUGCGGCAAAGAAAAAACAAAGCGGGAUUGUAUGUGGACGUUUGAACUACAUUGAAGGCAACGCUGACUUGAAGCGAGACUUAAAUAAAUCACCCAGCCAACGACAUGGAGGACAAUCUCCAGGACGAUUUGGCAACGUUGUCCGAACUGGAUGAAAAAAGUUUACUUGAGUCUCUCUGUCAGCGAUUUAAACAGGACAGACUCUACACAUACAUCGGUGACAUAUUGGUGGCUGUGAAUCCUUUUAAGUACUUGCCUUUAUAUGAGAAAGAGGUAUCAGAGAGAUAUAAAUACCAUGACAAGAAGUCCCUUCCACCACACAUAUUCGCAGUGGCAGACAAGGCAUACCAGUCAAUGCUGGGUCGACUGGGAACUGGACCCCAGAGCCAAUGUAUCGUAAUCAGUGGGGAGAGUGGAGCAGGGAAGACGGAGAGCACCAAGUUGCUGCUGAGGCACAUCAUGGAGCUGUGCAGGGCCAACUCCCAGCUGGAGCAGCAGAUACUACAGGUGAAUCCUCUUCUGGAGGCCUUCGGCAAUGCCCAGACUGUCAUGAAUGACAACAGCAGCCGCUUCGGGAAGUACAUUCAGCUCCGUUUCCUCGGAACGUCAGUGAAAGGGGCCAAGAUUAACGAGUAUCUGCUGGAGAAGUCUCGGGUGGUGCAGCAGGAUGAGGGAGAGCGUAACUUCCACAUCUUUUACUGCAUGCUGGCCGGCAUCUGUGCUGACGACCGGGAGAUAUACGGUCUUCUGGAGCCUGAGCAAUACAGGUAUCUGAAUGGCACCUCCCUAUCAGAUGACAUGGUGAAUCACUGGAGCAAGAAGUAUUCGGAUGUGUGCAACGCGAUGGACAUGGUGGGGUUUGAAGAACAGGAGAAGGUGGACAUGAUGACGAUCCUGGCCGGCAUCCUGUCUCUAGGCAACAUCAUGUUUGAGCCGGGGGAGGGGGACGUCCUGCGCAUCACCAGCUCCUCUGUGGGCUGGCUCAAAGCUGCAGCUGGCCAGUUUGGGGUGCAGGAAGAGGAACUCUUUAGGAGUCUGACAUGCACCAUGUCUGUCACACGAGGGGAAGCCAUCCGUCGCCUACACAGCCAACAGCAGGCCGAAGAUGCCAGAGAUUCCAUUGCCAAGGUGGCUUAUGGACGAGUGUUUGGAUGGAUAGUCAGCAAAGUCAACGAGCUGCUCGCCCCACAUGUAGACCCAGAUCUUGAACAACGUGAAAUUGGUAUCCUCGACAUUUUUGGCUUUGAAAACUUUGCCGUCAACCGAUUUGAGCAACUCUGCAUCAACCUGGCCAAUGAAAAGCUGCAGUAUUUCUUCAACCAUCACAUCUUCCUGAUGGAGCAGAGGGAGUACAAGGAGGAGCAGCUUGAUUGGGAGGUGAUCACUUACAAAGACAACAAGCCCAUACUGGACCUCUUCCUCACCAAGCCCAUCGGGCUUCUCUCGCUGCUGGAUGAGCAGAGCGCCUUUCCACAGGCUACAGACAGAGACUUUGUGGACAAGCUCAACAGCAAGUUCAAGGCCCAUCCCAACUAUGAGGUGGUGCGAAGCCACAACCCUGCCUUCACAGUGGUGCACUAUGCAGCCAAGGUCCAGUAUAAUGGCGUUGGCUUUCUGGAGCGCAACAGGGACACCAUUCCAGCCAACAUCAGGGGCCUCUUCAUUAACAGUGUCACUCCGCUCCUCAGUCUGCUGUUCGCUGCUACUAUUUCCAGAACGGGUACUUUGAUGCCACGAAAAGCAAAGAUGGCCCAGGCCACAGAGGACAACUUCAACUCCACCAGGAAGCAGUCGGUCGGGGCACAGUUCAAGCAUUCUCUGGGUGUGCUGAUGGAGAAGAUGUUUGCCGCCAGUCCUCAUUUUGUCCGCUGCAUCAAGCCCAACCGCACCAAAUCGCCCGGCAUCCUCGACAGCAACUUCAUCAUGGACCAGCUUCGGUACAACGGCCUGUUGGAAACCAUCCGAAUACGCAGAGAUGGAUUUUCUUGGAGGCCGACCUUCAAAGAGUUUGCAGAGAGGUAUAGCCUCCUGCUACUCAAGCCAAAUAUACCUCACGACAGAGAAAGCUGCAUGCACAUACUCAACAACUCCAGGCUCACGGGCUGGACCUGUGGGUCUUCACGUCUGUUCUUCAAGUACUGGCACCAGGAAGAGUUGGCUCGUCUCCUCGAUAUGCUUGGGAGGGCUGCUGUUGUCAUCCAGAAAAAUUACAGAGCGGUGAUGUGCAGGCGGCGGUACCUGGAGCUGGUGGAGGAGAUGAAGAGGCAGAGGCAGGCCCAGAGAGAGGAGGAGGAGCGUAGGAGGAGAGAGGCCGAGGAGGAGAGGAGGAGACAGCUGGAGGAGGAAGAGGAGGAGAGGAGGCGACGACUCAUUGAGCAGGAGAACAAGAUUGGUUUGUGUUUCCCAGGGCCGGUGUCGCCGCCAGUCCCUCUACCCCGCACCUCCAAGAAGAAGCCGGAGCCCAGGCCUCGCUCCUUCCUCACGGGCCCCCAGGCAGCACACCUGACCCCCGUGCCACGGCCUCGCAGCAAGCUCUUCGAGGCAACGCCGUUUGACAACGACCUAGGGGGACUUGCUCAUGAGGAGCGCGUCCGAGAGAAGCACAAGCGGCGGCGGAACACGAUCAGAUGGUUCCGGGAGACGCAGGCCCGCAAGGUGGUUCGCAACGGCGAGUUCCCGUGCUGGUUUCAUGGGAUGAUCACGCGCCGGCGAGCAGAAGACCUCCUGACUGACAAGCCCUUCGGAUGCUUUCUGGUCCGUGUUGGGCAGAGCCGGGAAGGAUACACACUCACAUUCAGGGGGGCGAAUCGUUGCCGGCACUACAUGAUUGAGAUGCAGUGCAAUGGGAAGUACGUGAUCCUGGGUGAGGACCGUGCCCAUGCCUCCCUGGUGGACCUGGUGGAGUACCACACGCAGGUGGGCAUCAAGCCCUUCAUGGAGCUCCUCACCGUGCCCUGUGGACAGUCCUGUGAGCAGGCGCCGGACUACGAGGAGCUGGAGUUCAUGAUCCCCUCCCCGCCGGAGGUCCCCCACCGUGGGCCCGACCCCUUGGCCAUGGAGCUCCAGCGGCUCUUCGUGCCCCCUGACCACCGCACCUCCAGCUCCGGCUCCGCGGGACUCCAGCCGGAGAAGCCGCCCGUCCUGCGCAGGAUCUCAGAGCACCGCAAGCGCCUGGACGCCCUGGCCAGCCAGCAGGAGGCGGAUGGGAAGGGGAAGGACAAGGCCGUGCCUCGCCUCUACCCCUCCAUACGGCUGGCCAUGAGGGAGAUCCAGCAGCUGCAGCAGCAAUUUUCUGAGAGUACCGAUCAAAAAGAUGUUGCCCCCAACAACCGCUGGUUACCCUGGAAGAGAACAGACUCCUAGCAUCCAGAAGAAAGGAACCAAUCUGAACAACUUUUUUUUCUUUUCUGCUGCUGCUGUAAUAUUAAUCUGAACUGGGUGUGUUUGAGACACUCUUUUAGAACAAAUUGUGAAACGACGGCCUUAAAAAUGCCUUAGAGAUUUUUUAUGGACUAUUGUGAAUAUGUUUAUGUGGCAUAUUUAAAAUGUAAAUUAUGUUGUUUUUUUUAAUGCACUGAAAUAAACACUUCAG